AUGUCUGUCUUGCUGGAGACCUCGUUAGGUGACUUGGUCAUCGACUUAGAAGUAGAAGCGUGUCCCAAGACGUGCCAAAACUUCCUGAAACUUUGCAAGAUUUACUACUACAAUCUCAAUGCUUUCUUCAACGUGUCUAAAGAUUUCCUGGCCCAGACAGGGGACCCAACUGCUACAGGGACGGGAGGCGAGUCCAUCUGGUCUUUGAUAGCUUCGCAGCAAGGGAAACAAGAACCUCGCUACUUCAGCCCGGAGUUCGUGCCCCGCCUGAAACACAAGGAGAAGGGAACGGUGUCCAUGGCUGUCGCCCCAGCCAUCGACGGAGAGGGCAAGGGCGGCUGUGGUAGCCAGUUCUUCAUCACACUGGGGAACGACAUCGAGUACCUUGACGGGAAACACGCGGUCUUCGGGCAUGUCGUUGAGGGACUCGACACUCUGGACAAGCUGAACGACGUCUUCGUAGAUCAGGAGGGAAGACCAUUCAAAGAUAUCAGGAUAAGGCAUGUGGAGAUCUUGGACGACCCGUUUGAAGAUCCUUCCGGCCUAGUAGUCCCUGACUCCAUUCCUACGAAACCCCCAGAUAACUCUACUCGCAUCGCUGAGGACGAAGAUCCACUGGCCGCUCUUCCCGAAGAAGAAGCGGAGGCAGAAAGGCGGAAACAAGCUGCGCGAGCCUCUGCACUGACACUGGAGAUGGUCGGAGACCUCCCGUUCGCCAACGUGAGGCCACCCGAAAAUGUCCUCUUCGUUUGCAAGCUCAACCCGGUCACCCGAGAUGAGGACCUCGAGCUCAUCUUCUCACGCUUCGGUCCCAUUAUGAGCUGCCAGGUGAUUCGUGACAAGAAGACAGGGGACUCGCUGCAAUACGCGUUCAUUGAGUUUGACAAGCGAAAGGAUGCCGAGCAGGCGUACUUCAAGAUGCAGAAUGUCCUCGUGGACGAACGUCGGAUUUGGGUGGACUUCUCGCAGUCCGUUGCUCGUCUGAACACUUCCUGGUCGAACAACCCCAGAGUGGGGCUGCGUCCGCCACGAGGCGACAGCGGUCGAGGUGCCGCCGGUGGGUUCGGCGGCCUUGAGGACCUCGAGGUCACCCGCAGGUACAGAGAAGGCGUCUCUAGGGAUGAUGCCAAAUAUGGGAUGGUUUUCGAUGUGGGUGACGACGACCGGCGCCACCGGCGUCGCAGCAUGAGCAAAAGCCCGAAAGACAGCCCGAGAGAACACAGAAGACGCUCGCGAUCUCCUCGUCCAAGAGACCGCGAUCGAGGUGAACGCGAUCGGGAUAGCCGGAGGAGUCAUAGCAGAGACAGGCUUUCUAGGGAUCGCUAUGACCGUCGCCGGUGA